UGGCCGUGUUGUCAGCCACCAUCCCGUAGCUCACACCAUCUCCCCGACCUCCCUCUCUGCUGGGCGCCGCCGCCGCACCCGAGGCUCCGACAUCCUCUUCCCUCCAAGGCGCUCUGCGACACGUUCUAGGAACGAAGUUUCAUCUGCUGUGCUACAAGUGGAGGAAUCCAAGAUCAUCUCCAAGCAGAGUUUCAGGUUAAGGAGUUUAGCAGAUGUGUAUUUCCUGAAGAUGUGAUGGACAAUAUGUAGCACAGCAGAGUUUCAGGAACGAGGAUGGAAAUGGAGGCGGACGGCCCUAGUUCAGAGAAGAGGAUGCGAGUGGAUGAGGAUGAAGGAGGAGGGGCCGACCGCAUCAGCGACCUCUCUGACGCUGUUCUUGGCGAGAUCAUCUCCCUCCUUCCUACCAAGGAUGGCGCCCGCACCCGAAUCCUUGCUUCCCGGUGGCGCCACAUCUGGUGCUCUGCCCCUCUCAACCUCGACUGCCGUGGCCUUGCCUGUUGCGGUGAGCUUGCUGCAGGUGUUAUAUCACACAUCCUUGCCUCUCACCAAGGUCCCGGACGACGCUUCUGUAUCCGCCAUGGAUUUAGAGGCUACAGAGCAGCUACCGUGGACUCCUGGCUCCGGUCGCCCGCCCUUGACAACCUCGAGGAAUUUAAUUUACAUUGCCCGAGACAACAUCAGGUGAUGCUACCAGUGUUGUCGGAACCCUUUUUCCGCUUCUCGAAAACUCUCAUUGUUGCCACCAUUGAAAGAUGCCACCUCUCUGACAACACUGUCCAAGGGCUUCAGUUCCUCCAGCUUAAGCAGCUCUCGCUCGAAAUGGUCACGAUCUCCGAGUGUUCGCUGCAAUGCAUUAUUGCAGGGUGCCCUGCACUGGAAUGCUUGCUGAUUAGCUACUGUUCCAGUUUCCGUCGCAUCACGAUCAAUUCUGUUAGCCUUAGAAGCAUUGGUGUGCGUGCUGAAUGUCGUUGGGCAUGCGAGCGAAAGUUUGAGAAACUUAUCAUCGAGAAUGCCCCUUCUCUUGAGAAGUUGCUCCACUUUGAUUGGAGUAGUGGCCUGGAUAUGUCAGUAGUCUUCGCACCUAAACUUGAGACCUUGCGCUGCUCUUCGGAACCCUACAACAUAAUCUUGCUUGGCUCCACGGUUAUUGAGAGACUGCGCAUUAAUACCCUAGCAACAGUGGUGAGCAGUAUCAAGAUUUUAGCUAUUGCUUUGGAUAUUCUUAGUCUGGAUAUUGUUAUUGGUUUGAUGAGAUGCUUUCCCUGCUUGGAAAAGUUGUACAUUCAGUCAUUUGAAACAGGGCCAAACAAUUUAUGGCGUCGUAAACACCAGAACCUGGUCAGAUGUCAUGACAUCCGUCUGAAGAAAAUUGUGCUUGAACAAUAUUACGGCGUCAUGUCCCAAGUUAGUUUCGUCACAUUCUUUGUGUUGCAUGCGAAAGUGCUUGAGUCGAUGACACUUGGGAUCGAAGCCAUGAACUCCAAUGAGGAGUUCUUUGCAGAACAUCGUAAGAAGCUGCAGCUGGAGAAGAGGGCGUCAAGAGGUGCUCGGUUUAAGUUUACCACUGACAAAUGUUUUCACAAUGUUUGGGACAUCAAGGAUUUCGAUGAUUUGGAUUUAGCUGAUCCAUUCACGUGUUGAUGCUCAGUCAGGGUUAGGUCCGCGUCCGAGCUAUUCUUGACCAGCCGAAGUCGUUUUGUGCAUUGUCCAAACCUGAUUAGCUCUCGUGUUUGGACAACUCUUCUCAAGUUUAGGCAUGCGUCUAGGCAUGCUACUAUCUGUGCCACUAGUUUGUGAUGUGCCAAGUGGCAUUUAAACAAGUUUUUAAAAUCUGAUUC